AUGGCCCAAGAACACCCCGAACCUGACAAUCGUCACCCGGAAGACGACGUAGUCACCUUCGCCUUCACCCACUGCGGUACUCCCCAUGAGAUCGUAUUCCCAUCAGAUGCCACCAUCUCCGAGAUCCCUGCCGAGAUCGAGGAGCUCCUCUCUAUCCCUGCCGCCCAUCAGAAGCUCCUAGUCCCUCGUCUCGGCCUCCUAAAGCUACCCUUUAAGAACCCAGAGAUGCCUGUCUCCGACCUGCACGGCGCUAGCAUCCGCCUUCUCGGCUCUCGUGCCGAAGCCGUCGAGUCCUUUCGCGAGGCCUCCAAGUUUGCCGAAAGCAGGCGACUGGCUCGAGAGGCUGCCGCGGGGAGGCGGCCGGCCCGGAGAACCGCUGGGGGCAAGGGGGCACCGCUCGCCUUUCUUCCUCGCCCAGAACGCUCACUAGAGCUCCUCAAUACGCUAAAGAACGAUCCAGGCAUCCGCCACGUCAUGGCAAAGCACAAGUUCACCGUCGGGCUCCUCACCGAGAUGGAACCGCUCUCCAAUACGCAGGUUUCCCACGAGGGAACCACCCGUCUUCUCGGAUUAAAUAGGAACCAGGGCGAGGUCAUUGAGCUCCGUUUAAGGACCGAUGCCCACGACGGUUAUAGGGAUUACAAGACUAUCCGCAAUACGCUCUGCCACGAGCUGGCGCACAACGUCCACGGCCCUCAUAAUAGAGACUUCUGGGAUCUCUGUCAUCAGAUUGAGCGGGAAGUAGCCUCGGCGGACUGGUCUGCCUCUGGCCGCACCCUUGGCGACGUGGAUCCUUAUGGCCCCUCUAUGCCCGAGGACGACGAGGCCCACGACGAGGGCGGCUGGGUCGGUGGAUCCUACGUGCUCGGCGGCAGACCUGACAGCCAGGACGACGGCCUAAGUCGUCGGGAGAUUUUGCGCAGGGCUGCCGAGGAGCGCCAGCGUAGGCUAGAACAGGAGAGGCGUGAUCGAGGCGAUGACAACACGGAUGCUGGUCAUUCGUGA